AUGGAUCCCCAAGAGCGCGCCGGGCAUUUCCAACCCGACCCAGAUCAUGUCGCCACGAUGUACGGCGAACUAGGCAAUAAACUGGUGCAACAUGCGAAACGAACACAAUCCCUCGCCCACCUCCCACCCUACCAAACGGAGAUCGUCCGCGCCGUGACCCGCGAAGUCCGCGAUCUAGAGCGAGACACAAUUCGUCUUCUGAAUCCAUUCGAGGGCUCCUUUAAUCCCUCCGCCGACCCAGCAACGGCAUGUACCCUCCUCGUUGACCAUCUAUGCAUGCGCCGGAACAAGCGCUGUCUACUCGCGUAUCAUCGCGUGCGCACAGAAAAACUCGAAGAACUAUGCUGGCUCGGUGUUGAUGUGCUGGAGCAGCAGCAGCCGAGCGAGGGGGGCGAAGAAGGACGCCUUUCACAGUUUGGCGGGGGACAUAGUUCGCUUAGUCCCGAGGAAGAGGAAUAUUUUCGACAGUAUGGCGAUAUGCUUGCUGCGUAUAAGGGACAAUGGACGGAUAUAGAUCUAACGGGGACAUUGGAGCCGCCUAAGGACUUGUUUAUUGAUGUUCGGGUGUUAAAGGAUGCUGGAGAGAUUCAGACGGAAUACGGUCAGCUGUAUGUUCGACAAGGAGAUGUUGAGCGUUUGAUUGCUCAGGGAUUCCUAGAACGGUUAAGCUGA